AUGGCAGAAGAUCAACUCGUGUCUGCACCACGCAGCGCGAUUAUGAGCGACGGUAUUGCGGACGCUGAUCUCGAUGACUUCUUCAAGAGCAUUUAUUCCCGCCUUCCUCCAGAGCUGCCUUUGAUGAUUUAUGACAAGCUUCUCACUGAAGAUAUGAUGCACGACAUGGCUAGCUGCGCGAGUCCUACCGCUUACGCCUAUCCGCUCAACCACAGCACGUUCAUGUACAAAUCAACCCCUCGUUUCCUCAACCCGCGGAUCUUGGAUAGCUCUUUCACGACCGAGAUAGUCAAGGCGUUCUAUGGCAAGUAUACUGGUUUUGAAGUCAAGCAUCCGCUACGUAUCGCGACUCUUCUCCAACGAGAUUUCUUCAAACUCGGAUAUCACGUCAAACUCGCCAACUCUGUCCUCCGCGGUCUCACAGUCGACGGCUGCUUGCUUCCCCAUAAUAAGCACUUCAUCAAUGUCAAGCUGCUUCCCACCCAAUUUGCACCACUAUUCCACGCGCAGCAGCGCCUGGCUACUGGUUUCCAUCUCACCAUUCGUCUAUGGACCGACAAUAGUUCGCUCAACACUGCAAAGGCGCACAACGCCCAAGGCCUGGCUCUACGUCGCACUCUGCAGGUUCUCAAGCCAGUUUUCGCAAAGCUGAUCGCAAAGGAGCCCACGGCUACUCAUAGCGUAGUUUUGGAGGUUGCCCACAUGCACAAAAUCACGUUAGACAUGGCACUGGCAGAGAGAUCGUCGAGUAGCCUGGCUAAUGAAAUCUAUAACUGGUGUUUUUGA